AUGCGGCUGCACCUGGCUACGCGGUCUCCUGGCAACGGGAAAGCAAAACACUGGAGCAGGUGGUCGCCCAGCAGCACCAUGGCGGACAAGAAUUGGCUGUUAGGGCCGGGCCCUCUGGAACCGAUGUCCCUGGGCAUGAACUCCAAGCCGUGUUACAAAGAUAAGUUGACUUCCAAGUGUCUCACAAAGCAAAAGAACAGGGUUCAGAAGUGCCCCACCUUUCUGGACAGCAGGCAGUGGAUUUUUGUGAGAGGGCUGGAUGACUUCAGGUGGGGCUGCCCACCUUGUGAUGAUUUGUUCACUCGCAGAACCAAGGAGGGCUUUCUCCCCUUGAUUGCUCACAGAGUGCCCCAACCUGCCCCCAAAAUGAGUCAGAAAAAGGUGCACAAGGGAGCUGACCUGUGUUCCAUGCUCCCGCCAGCCCAACUGGCACGGAAGGCAUUCAGAGAGGACGUUGAUUCCCACCUGACCAAGCAUCCCUUGGCUCUCUACCCUAGUCUGGAGAAAGAUCUACCUGCAGACCUAUUGCUAAAGGUGCUGGAAGUGCUCGAUCCUGACAGGAAGCUGGAGGACACAUGGGCUUAUUGUCAGAGCACCAGGCGAAGAAUGAAGUCUCCCACAAAGCUUUUUGAAAAUCAUCCUGCCAGAGUCCACCCGGAACCUUCCAAGAACACCCCCGUGUCACAUAAAGACAAGGUGCUUCAUGAAGAAAGGAAGGCAAGCAGAAAGGAUUCAGUCAAAAGUCCUCCUCCUCAUACAAAAGUACCCAGAAGAAUUCAUGAAUUCUGCAAGUGGGCUGCUUCUUUUGCAGCUGUGGACACCGAUGAAAAGUUCGUUAUGAAACAGUUGGACAUGAGCUAUCAGCACAAACUGACCCAUGAGCAUGCCUCCAUAAAUAAACUAACCCGGGUUUCUUCAGACCUGAUACACAGCUUGGGGGUAAAUAAAAUGGAGAAGACAAAACUCUCCUUACAGGAAGAAAACUGGGAGAGGAAACUCAGGAAACCACAUGAUCCUUACAAACGCAACUGGGUGAAGAUAAGGUCUGGAGCAUGGUAUCUGAAGCCCAAGCUGUGGAAAAAGCUAAAAUAUGAUGAACCUUUGAUGGACCCCAAGGUCUCACUUGAAGAUCAGUAUGAAAAAGACAUUCUUGAAGACCUUAAGGGAACAAUUGCCUUUAAAGGUUUCAUUCUAAGCAAGAGCUACAAGAUGCUCAACUUACUUGUGAGGUUUAUCAGGAAGGGAUGGAGAUGCGAUUCUGUUAAGACUCCUGUACAUGAACUAAUAAAAAUCACAGAAGAAGAGCCGUGGGAAGAUGAUUAA